AUGGCCGACAAGGAAGUGAAUGGCAAGGAGUCUGUCUCCAAGGAAUCCCAGCACACCUCGCCAACAACGAAACCCGAAAACCCGACUGCGGGGUCCCAUUCCAGUCCCAAGAAGCGUCGCAAGGUUAAUCAUGCAUGCGUCUACUGUCGACGAUCGGUAAGCUGUGCUUGUCCUUUGAAACUCCUUAGCCACACACCUGCUCUCGGUCUCGGUCUGCCCUUCACAGCAGAGACUCUUUGCUCGCUGCUUGCGCACGUGGUACAGCAUAUGACUUGCGACUCGGAACGACCUUGUACGCGAUGUAUAAAGCGCAACAUUGGCCAUCUUUGCCACGAUGAGCCCCGCGAACCUUCCAAACGGUCCAGGAAUGAACCCGAUCACUCUGCAGCUGAGGAAGAACCCCGUCCAAACAAUGAAUAUCCGAAUUCGCUACAAGGAAUGCCCCGAGCUGUCGAUGUUCAAGAUGCUGCUGGUCAGCAAAUUGUUCCUGAUGGUCUCCCGUCUGUCAGCUCGGUGCAGCCCGGGAAUAUUGCAUCCUCCACAGGUCAAGGUGUUGCAAAUCCCUCUCAGAUUUUGGGCUACAAUGAUUGGGUCGGAGGUCAGAGUCAAUUUCAAGACAUGCACACCUUCCAUCCCUCAUACAUGUUCAAUGCGCACGAAGUGACGAACGAAUAUAACCUUCUGGGUGACUUCUUGAGUAAUAGUUUGCUGGAUGAUGGAGCUAUGUUCCAAAAUGACGACAUUCACGGUAUCUACUCCGAUCCUACCCUGAUCAAUUCCAUGGCUACGCUUGGUGGAGGACCCAGCACAUCGCUUCUUCAGCAAUCACAGCCUCCCCCACUGUCACAAAAUCAACAGGCCCAAGGGGAACCAAUGCAAGGUCCAAACACCACAGUGAUCAAUGACAAAGCGAGGGAGACAUAUUAUAUGACCGCUGCCGACCCGUCUGGAUCGGAUCCUCCAGAGGAGCGGAUGAACAAACUCCUCAAGGCGAAGUACGAUGCUGGCCUUCUGCGCCCAUUCAACUAUGUGAAAGGAUAUGCUCGAUUGAAUACCUAUAUGGAGAAAAACUUGCAACAGGCUUCUCGACAGAAGAUAUUACGCCAGCUCGACAAGUUUCGCCCCAAGUUCCGAGAAAGAAUGCAAAGUUUGACCGAUAUCGAGCUCAUUCUCGUCGAGAUGUGGUUCGAGCGGAGCCUGAUGGAGUAUGACCGGGUCUUUGCCAGCAUGGCUAUCCCGGCCUGCUGUUGGAGACGUACUGGUGAAAUUUUCCGAGGCAACAAAGAAAUGGCAGAGCUGAUUGGGGUUCCAAUCGAGAGCUUGAGAGAUGGAAAAUUGGCGCUCCACGAGAUCAUCGUGGAAGAUCAGCUUGUGAGCUAUUGGGAGAAGUUCGGCGCCAUUGCGUUCGAUAACACGCAGAAAGCUAUGCUUACAAGCUGCACCCUGAAAAAUCCCAAUUCGAAUUCACCUGAUGAUGGCAUUCCUUGCUGCUUCUCGUUUACUAUACGAAGAGAUAACCACAACAUUCCCUCGCUCAUUGUGGGAAAUUUCUUGCCUUCCCAACGGAAGUCCAACUGA